AUGGCCAUGGACCCGGACCCGGACCCGGACCUGGACCUGGACCUGGACAUGGAUAUGGAGACGCUGGCCGACGACGCCGACGCGGCGCUCGCCGGCGACAGCGGCGGCGAGGCCGAGCGCAACGAGGCAGCCGAGGCCGAGGCUGAGGCCGAGCGGUACGAGGCCGCCGAGGCCGAGGCCGACAUCCUCCGCGACCGUUUCCGCCUCACCGUCAUCAGCAUCGCCACCGCCGAAGGAAAGAAGGCCGGGAUGACGGUCGCCGACCCCGUUGUUGCCUGCAUCGCUGAUUUGGCGUUCAAGAGCGCAGAGCAGCUGGCAAAGGAUGCAGAGUUGUUUGCACAGCAUGCCGGUCGCAAAUCCGUCAGGAUGGAUGAUGUCAUACUCACAGCUCACAGGAAUGAGCAUCUUAUGGGGAUGCUGAGGACCUUCUCUCAAGAGCUGAAGAGAAAGGAGCCUGCCAGUGAGAGGAAGAGAAAGAAAUCGUCGAAGAAGGAUGAGAGGGUGAUCGACGUCUGA